AUGGAUAAGAAAUGUCAUUCCAAUUUCAACAAAGACUCGAUGGAAAGCAGCAACACCUACUUUCAGAAGCCAAAAGUUGAAAAUGUAGAAAUCAGAAUCUAUCUGGACAGGCUCGUGGAAAUUUUCACCAUCAUAAUGACGAAACUCGAAUUCGCGGUCACUUUACCCUCGGUUCUUUCACACCCGAGGGUAAUGGAAAUUUUGACCUACGAGGACUACAAGCAAGUCGUCCUGGCGUUCGCUCCGCUUUUGCGCUGUCAAAACAACCCCAAGGAACCAGUAUCCCCGAAGUCGUCAACUGGAGCUGCAGAAGGUAGCCAAGACGGCUCGACGUCGUCUCGCGAUGAGACGAUACAUGGAAAGACCACGGGCUGCUCCGAAAAGCCAGAUGGUCCACCCUCCCCGUGUUUUCCGAAAAUGAACAUCGACGUGUACAAAGCUAUCGAGAUCUUGUCGUCGUAUCCGCUGGUACGUCACGUGGCCGAGCGAAAUCUCGAAAACUUGUCGAAAUCAGCCCUGAGUUUCACGCGUCAGCUCAAGUACUUCAUGGACUUUGCCGUGUCCCAAACGAAGCUCACGUCGCUCGAGGAGCGGGAAAACGAGCUCCAUCUGCGUCGGUUGUUCAGCGAAAUCGAGCGGACCCAGGGAAUCAUCGGGGAUCUGACCGGUAGUUUGGAGGAGCAAAAAAAUCGGCACCAAGCCGAGUCGAAACGGUUUUUGGACCGGUGGAACGAGUACUCGGGCAAAUGGGAAAGGAUCAACGAAGAGUUAGACGCCGCGCACUCGAAAAUACUUAAAGACUCGGAGGAGACUCUGGAAGCGUCGCGGGAGCAGUUCACCGUGAGGAUGGGCGAACUGCAAGCUGCGCUGAGACGAGCGGAAGACAGUUUGGAGAGACAAAAGGCCCAGAAUCGUAAAUCGGAAGCCGACGUUCAAGGCAAAAAGUUCAAAGUGGAGUCGCAAUUGUUGGGUAUUAUAACAAAGUACGACACGGAGAUCGCCGACAGACAGGCGGCUUACGAGGAGUUGGAGAUGGAAUUGGCCGAUUUGGAAAAAGUGAAAGCACCACUGAUGGAGGAAAUGGACAAACAGUUGGUCAUUUACAACGGAAUAAUAGCCGAACGCGAGGAGCGAGAAUUCGCCGAGUUGAGGGAGAAGCUCGAAAAGUUUGUGAGUAACAGAUACGCCAGGAUAAUUCAGAGGUGGUGGCGAGACAUCUUGCAGAAGAAAAAGAGCCUUCCCGUGAAAAAGAAGAAAAAGGGAAAAAAGAAGAAAUGA